GUUUCCAUAGUAACUGACACAAUCCUGUAGGUUAGCUUCUGGGCAAAUUUACCUGUUUUUGUUUUAGUUGUGGUGAAGCAAAUUGUUUCCAUUAGACAUGGUGGAGGGUUCAGAUUCAUACCUGAUACGACCGAACCAUCAGCACAAGUUUAAACCAACCAUCGUAAAGGAAUAUAUCCAUGAAAUUCUGAGGGAGCGUCUAUCAGGGGUGCUGUACGAUCCAGAGAGUGUCCCAGAGCUGACCCGUUCACUGGCAGAGACCGUUAAGGACAAAGUGAAGAAUGCAGGAUUUGACAAAUACAAGCUCGUAGUCCAGGUGAUCAUUGGAGAACAGCGAGGACAAGGAGUCAAGAUGACUUCCAAGUGUUUGUGGGACGCUGACACGGACAACUAUGCAGCAGAUGUGUUCAUGAAUGAGAGCUUGUUUUGUUUGGUGGCAGUUUUUGGAAGCUAUUACUACUGAAGAUGUGAAGAAUGGAUUAUUUGAAGUCGUUUUACAUGAAGAAGUUUGGGAGGAACAUUUAUGAGACUGCACACUGUCAGCAUUUCAGCCUCUGGAGUCUACAAAAUUUCUUUUUUGUAUCGUUUUGAAUUAUAUGAUUAUCACUUUUCCUGCAAAGGGCCUUUGCAAAUGUAGUGAUUAAAUAACUAAUGUUGCUGUAAUGUCACUGACUGAGGCUUUUUAUAUUCUCUGUUGUGCCAGUCAUGGCUGAGGUUUAGAGGGUGGUGUCAGUGUAAGGGAAAGAUGAGAUGUUAUAAAUAUCUUUAUCAAAGCUUAAUUUUGGCUUAUCCCUUCCCUUCCACACUCUGGAAUGAGUGUGUUCUGCUGCAUUAUUUGUUUCUAUAUUGUUUUCAGAUAUAGAAAAGCAGUCCAGCACAACAGAAGGUAGUGUGUUAAAUUAAUCUGCAUUCAAAUGAGUGGUUGAAUUGAGACAGAAGUGAUAAUAUGGGUCAAUAUGAAUUUAGUGCAGUCAGCUUCAACACAGGAAUAGUUGAUAAAU